GUCAAUACGAAAUCGUCGAGGGACACAAAUCUAUCAAAUUUUAAGGUAUGUGACAAUUUUAAGGAUCGUGACAAUUUUAAGGAUCGUGACAAUUUUAAGGAUCGUGACAAUUUUAAGGUACGUGACAAUUUUAAGGUACGUGACAAUUUUAAGGAUCGUGACAAUUUUAAGGUACGUGACAAUUUUAAGGUACGGGACAAUUUUAAGGUACGUGACAAUUUUAAGGUACGUGACAAUUUUAAGGUACGUGACAAUUUUAAGGUACGUGACAAUUUUAAGGUACGUGACAAUUUUAAGGUACGUGACAAUUUUAAGGAUCGUGACAAUUUUAAGGUACGUGACAAUUUUAAGGUACGUGACAAUUUUAAGGAUCGUGACAAUUUUAAGACACGUGACAAUUUUAAGACACGUGACAAUUUUAAGGUACGUGACAAUUUUAAGGUACGUGACAAUUUUAAGGAUCGUGACAAUUUUAAGGUACGUGACAAUUUUAAGACACGUGACAAUUUUAAGGUACGUGACAAUUUUAAGGAUCGUGACAAUUUUAAGGUACGUGACAAUUUUAAGGUACGUGACAAUUUUAAGGAUCGUGACAAUUUUAAGACACGUGACAAUUUUAAGACACCUGACAAUUUUAAGACACGUGACAAUUUUAAGGAUCGUGACAAUUUUAAGGUACGUGACAAUUUUAAGGUACGUGACAAUUUUAAGGUACGUGACAAUUUUAAGACACGUGACAAUUUUAAGGUACGUGACAAUUUUAAGGAUCGUGACAAUUUUAAGGAUCGUGACAAUUUUAAGGAUCGUGACAAUUUUAAGGUACGUGACAAUUUUAAGGAUCGUGACAAUUUUAAGGAUCGUGACAAUUUUAAGGAUCGUGACAAUUUUAAGGUACGUGACAAUUUUAAGGAUCGUGACAAUUUUAAGACACGUGACAAUUUUAAGACACGUGACAAUUUUAAGACACGUGACAAUUUUAAGACACACACGUGA